AUGUACUCAAGAGGGUUAAUUAGACCCGAGGACUCAAGUGUACUCCUCCCCCCCCCCACCCCCUCACAGGUGGGCGUGUCGGUGGAGGCUCUGGACCAGCUGGCGCAGCAGAUACCGGUCUCCAGCGCGGCCGUGUCCACCGUGGACUCCUUCCUGCUCUUCACCCAGAAGAUGCUGGACAGCCUGUACAACUUCGCGGCGUCCUUCGCCGUGACGCCGGCCCAGAUGGAGCCCAGGUCCUCGGAGACCUUCGUCCCCUCCGGCUGCAUCCUCAGGUGGUACGAGAACUUCCAGCGCAGGCUCAGCCAGAACCCCAACUUCUGGAAGACCUGAACCCCAAAGAGUAGAGACAGUUUCCACAGUGCCUACAGCACGGGGGGGGGGGGG